GCCGGCGGGGCGGGGGGAGGCACGGCCCGCUGGCGGCGGCGGGCGAGAGCCCAGACCCGGCCCCGGCCCCGGCCCCGGCCCCCUCCCACGUCGCCUGCGGCGGCCGUACCCCGGGGCCCGGCGGGGCCCGCCUGACUGAGCCGCAGCUGGGGGCUCGGCGGGGCCUGCGGCAGGGCCUGGCCGGGCCGUGAGGUGAGGUGGGUCCUCUCUGCCCCGCAGCCUCCUACAGGUUCGCGGUGCUGUUCUUCAGCUGCCUUCUCACCUUCGGCUCCUACUUCUGCUUCGACAUCCCCAGCGUCCUGCAGGAGCAGUUCCAGGGGGGCUGGUUUCCUGGGAGAAGACACAAGUCCUCUAACUCCUGGUUGUGGAAGUGGGAACUGAGUAGGAGAGAGAGAGAAAUCUAGUAGGACUUGACUUGCCCCAAUGGAACCCAUCAUAAUGGCACUGGGCAUAACAGCACCCUGGCCUGUGUUGAAGGAUUGGGAAUGACACCUGCACAAUACAAUCUGCUGUAUGCCAUCUAUGCUUGGACAAAUGCAGUAGUGGUUAUAGUGGCCGGAUUCCUGAUUGAUAAACUAGGAAAUCGCUUUGGUGUCUUUGUUUUCUCUCUUCUGACUGUGCUGGGAUCAUCCAUCUUUGCUCUAGGCUCACAUUUCAAGGGGUCACCAUACCUCCUGCCAAUGAUGCUAACAGGAAGACUGCUCUUUGGCUCUGGGAAUGGGUCACUUACUAUUGUGCAGAAUCGUAUCACAGCCUUCUGGUUCAAGGGGAAGGAACUGGCACUGGCAUUUGGACUGACUCUGUCUUUCUCCCGUCUUGGGAGUGUCCUCAACUUUUUCUUCACCCAGCAGUUUGAGGCAAAAUUUGGCAUGCAGUGGACGCUCUGGGGAGGUGCCCUGCUCUGCAUGCUUGGUUUUGUUUCAGCCCUCACAGUCAGUGUACUAGAUAAAGUGGGCAUGAAGCAACUGGGCUUGGAUGGGGUUAUUCAGCAAGAAUCCAAAAAAGUGCGGAUUCAGGACAUCCGGCGACUUCCCCUUCGCUACUGGCUCCUGGUCCUCACCAUCAUGUUCUUCUACAACGGAGUCUUCCCCUUUGUGGCAGAUGCCAGUAAGUUUAUCCAGGAUAAAUAUUCUGGUUACAGUCAGCAGGAAGCCGCUUAUAUUGCUGGGGCCGUGUAUGACAGCUCCCUUGUUCUCUCUGCAGCGGCUGGCAUGUUAAUUGACUACGUUGGACUGAGAGGCGUCUUUGCUGUUGGCUGUGCUGCAUUGACUCUGCCAGUCUUUGCUCUCCUGGCAUUUACGUUUGUUCCUCCAUUAGUCUCCACCAUCUGGUUGGGGAUUACGUACUCCUUUGCUGCUGCUAGUAUGUGGCCAUCCAUACCUCUCGUGGUCCCCCGGGCAACGUUAGGGACAGCUAUGGGGCUUGCAACUUCUGUGCAGAUGGUUGGAGUUGGCCUUUCGAAUCUGAUUGUUGGACACAUUCUAGGAACAAAGUCCAGUGAAUUGAAGAUCCCCCUGUGGCGCUGGCAACAGAUGAUGAUCUUUAUGUUGGCAAACACUAUUGCAUGCAUUGUUGCAUCCAUUAGCCUCAAUGUUGUGGAUAAGAAACAGAGUGGGACACUGAACAGAACGAGAAAGGGAAUGCCUGUGGAGCGGGAAGACACAGACCCUGCAGAUGCAGCACCGCUCCUUGAUGAUGAAACAGGAAACGAAGGCUCUGUCAGCUGAACCUUUGCAGUGUGAGAACAAGGACAGCAGCCAGACACAGCACUGAUCGCUUCUGUUUGAAAGUGGAUUUUUAACCUGUGUAUUUUAAAUAUCUUUAAAGGGAAUCUCAAAGGGAAUUGUCUACAGAAAGGGAAUGUUUCCACUUACGCCUGGCACACAAGCGAAAAGUGUCGGCUGUGUGGGUUCUUAGGCAUUCUCCAAUGUACAGAAACCUGCGUGGGGCACUUUAAGAACUACACUACAGUAGGUGAGACUAACCGAGCAGAAGCUUAUUCAUAAGCCAUUAGAUAGUUGCUUUUCACUCUUGCAUCAAAACUGCCCGCGUAAUGUGGGUGUGCCUGGUCCACUGCUGUUUCUCUGUCGCAGGAAUCCCGUACACCAGCAUUUGCUAAUCUACGUACCUUGGCAGGCCUGCUGUUUCACUUACUGCCCCAGGUUAGCACACAUCUUUCACAAAUUAAUAUCCGUGCAGGUGAUAACAUCAUUACUCUUUAAGCAGGAGACUGAAUUAAUCGAGUUGAUUACCUUUUGCACAAAAGCCUAGCUUAAUUGCUUACUACCUUACUAGAAAUGCUUCCCUAAGCUGUGCCUAUUCAUUUGCUUUCAAAAGCAUGAAAGGUUUUGAUCUGAAAUUCUGCCCUUUAAACCAGGGUGCUCUAACUCAUGAAUGCUGGAGGCUUAUUUUGCUCAGCCAACUGCCCUUCUCACUGUGCAAAAAUGCUCACAAACACACCAUGUUUACAAAAGCACAGAUGAUGCUUUAAGAAUGAAGUAAACUUUAGCAUAGCCAAGUACAAGUAAUGCUGAAGUGAAUGACUUUUAUGUAAAUAAUUAAAAAUUCUUAAGAGCAGCUCUCUUCAAGCUGCAUCUAAUAUGAGCACUAGUGGACUGAAAGCAAUGUGGGCACGAACAGUAAAGUCACAUUUUAAGUAGUUGUCACAGAAGACAAAUCCAAGGGUUUCUUAAACGGCUUUACUGAAGAGAAUGUCUUCAGAGAGCACAUCUUCUAAGCUUUAAGUUACACUAUGACUUUGUGUCAUGCCACAGGCAAUGAAAGGAUUUCCCUGUUGGAGUCUGGUGCAGCAGAAAUUUGAGGGUGGCGUGAGAAGCCACAGAACUGCAAAAUCACAGACACUUUAGUUUGGUGGUGACCUGAGAUCAUCCAGUCCAACACCCUCUGCUCAAGCAGGGUCAGCCAGAGCAGGUUGUCCAGGACUGUGUCCAGUCAGAGUUUGAAGCUCUCCAGUCUCUCUGGGCAGCCUGUGCCGGUGUUUGACCACCCUCCCAGUAAACAAGUGUUUCCUUGUGUUCA